AGUCCUGCGCGACCGGAAGUUGGUUGUGGAGGGCCGCAACUGCCGUCCAGGCUUAAGAGGGCUUCCGCGAUGCCUUUGUCCGGAGUAGUCAGUCAGCUCCUGGAACUGUGAGUCCGCCCCAGCUCCCAGUCCCUUCCCUCACGUCCUGCUGGCUCCUAGUCCUUGUCCCGGCUUUGUGUCUGGUCUCUGAGGACUGUGGUGCACCGUGGGGCUGGCGGCUCCACCCGAUGGCCUGUCUCAGGUGGGCGUUGAGGGUGAAGGCAGAACAAAAGAAACCUGGAGCCAGGCUGGACCAACAAACCUCCACUAAUACCGGCGUGACUCGCUAGCUUUGGGACCAUGAACAGUAACAAUCUCUCCCGAUUGUACAGGAGAGCUUUCUAAAAUUCGGAUAACAGUAGGGCGUGGCAGUUCACGCCUAUAAUCCCAGCUAUCCGGAAACUGAAACAGGAUUGCCACAAAUUCGAAGCUAACGGGAUGUCUUCAGUACCUAGUAAUCAAUAUUUCCAGAUAUAUAUCAGAUAUUAAAUAUUUGCCUUCCAACAUUAAAGAUAGACUAAUUAAAAUAAUGAGCAUUCGGGGUCGGAUAACAGAUUCCAAUAUAAGUGAGGUGUUACAUCCUGAAGUUCAAAGACUAGAUCUGAGGAGCUGUGAUAUCUCAGAUGUGGCUCUCCAGCACCUGUGUAAGUGCAGAAAACUGAAGGCACUAAAUCUAAAAUCCUGCAGAGAACAUAGAAAUAGCAUAACUUCAGAAGGAAUAAAAGCUGUGGCUUCAUCCUGUUCAGACCUUCAUGAAAUUUAUUUGAAAGGAUGUUGCAGUGUCACUGAUGAAGGAGUCCUUGCUCUUGCACUCAAUUGUCAUCUGCUAAAGAUCAUUGAUUUGGGUGGCUGCUUAGGUAUUACUGAUGUGUCCUUACAUGCAUUAGGAAAAAACUGCCCAUUUCUGCAGUGUGUUGACAUUUCAACUACGCAGGUAUCUGACAAUGGUGUGGUUGCACUUGUUAGUGGACCAUGUGCCAAACAAUUAGAGGAGAUUAACAUGAGAUACUGUAUAAAUCUAACUGAUAAGGCUGUAGAAGCUGCUCUGACUGCAUGUCCUCGGAUAUGUAUACUUCUUUUCCAUGGCUGCCCCCUGAUAACAGAUCGUUCACAAGAAGUCUUGGAGCAAUUAAUAGGAUCAAGAAAACUAAAGCAAGUGACUUGGUCUGUUUAUUGAUCUUUACCGAGGCUGAUCUCAAAACCUUGCACAGGAUUUGCGCUAUAAAUAUUUAUUUAUUACUUAAUUUAACACCAAUUUACUAUUGUCUUAGUUAAGCUGUGACUCUCAGAGAAUCUAUUCAAUCUUACUGUAAAUAUUUGUGCUAUAAAGUUAACAAGACUCAACAUUUAAACACUUC